AUGUCUUCUACUCCGACUCCUCAAGAACGCCCUAGUCAACGCGAGCGGCCUUACUCUGUUACUUCCGCCACGACCCUACUUGAUAACGAGCACGACAAGAUGAACUGGACUUCCCAUGGGCCGCCAACACUGCCCAUGCCGAGUCACCAACGAGACGACACUCAGUCGAACCCGCAAUGGCAACAGAAUGGCAACACGGAUCACUCCCCCGUCUCCUCGAACACCGAUAGCAAGGAUGGCGAUGAACCUGCACAAGGCCCCCCUCACAUUUCUCUCCAGAUGGGCGGCAAUGACGACCUGGAAGCCCAAUCGGUAGCCACUCGCCGCCAUAGGAAGCGCGUGGUUCUGCCCAUAGCUUUCAUUAUCAUCUUGAUCGCUGUAGGGGCCGUCUUGGGCGGUGUACUGGGCACAGCCACGUCGAAGCGCUCGUCUUCGACAACGGACAACUCACCUCACGUCAAUGGCGCCAAAUUGGAGCUUCCCGGUCGGGACGUGAAGUGUCCUUCAGCGGUCAUCGAUGGCAAGCUGCAUCUUUGCCAUGUCGAGGAAGACGGACGUCUGGCGCAUAUCGUUCGUCGUGCUCAUAAAGGAAACAGUGGAAGGGAGGUUGAGCUCCCGGGGAAGGGCGAAGGAAGGCAGCUUGUCUCCGAAAGUCCUGCCGAUACGGUGCGACUAGCUGCGGCUGCGCUGCCGAGAGAAUGCAUGGGGCGCGAAUGCAUGGUUCUCAUACACGAGGCAGCUGGAAGUGACAAGACCCUGGUCGUCCUCUCCAGCGCGCGAGAGAGCAAUGCGAAGCAUCUGUCUAGGCUGCGGAUCUUGUUGGACGCAGACGGCGACCUAGCAAUGGAUGGUCUGGAAUGCACGCUCACGUCGCAGCAGCUGCUCGAGGACUGCUCUGAGGUUGCUAGCAAGGGGAAAGGCAAGUCUUGAAAGUUCACGUAAAGUGGUAUUGCUAACUGAUUUGUGGCAGACAAGAAAACCGACGAGUACAUCUUCUGACCGGAACCUCCUCUAAACGCUUGGGACAACACAACGAUAGCCAGCUCACUAGCUUUGAGCCACGACAGAAUUCAAAGGGAGAACAUUCACAGCUUGUUCGAGGAUGCAGAUCAAGAAGCCCGCAAGUAUGAUCUCUGCUUGAUUCCGCCGGAUGUGGGUGCUCAGGGGCGAGGCUUCUGCUGUGUGUCACCGAUAGCAGUUGCUCGAGGUCGAGUGAAACGAAGAUGUUGAUGGUUGGACGUUCCACAAUGUGGUCGUCUCAGAAUGAGAGUGAGUGGUAUGAGCUCACCGGGCGCCUAUGGAAGGUCACCGGCGCGGAUACCUGU